GCCGGCGCACCCGCGCGCGCGCUCUCCGCGGAACUCCUGCUGGCGGCCCGGCUCACGCGGAGGCGCGCCCGAACAGUCGCGGCCGCCGCCAACAUGGCCGAGACCAGCGAGGAAGUGGCGGUGCUGGUGCAGCGGGUAGUGAAGGACAUCACUAACGCCUUCAGGAGGAACCCGCACAUAGAUGAAAUUGGCCUGAUCCCAUGUCCUGAAGCUAGGUAUAACCGGAGUCCCAUAGUCCUGGUUGAAAACAAACUGGGUGUGGAGAGCUGGUGUGUCAAGUUCCUUUUACCGUAUGUCCACAACAAGCUCCUUUUGUACAGAACAAGAAAGCAAUGGCUGAACAGAGACGAAUUGAUAGAUGUCACAUGUACCCUGCUGCUUCUAAACCCAGACUUUACCACUGCAUGGAACGUGAGCACCGUUCUAGCAUUUGCAAGAUGAGGAAGAAUCAGCAAAGGAGACUUUUAGGAAGGAAAGAGCUAAUCCUCUCUGGCACUUUAAAUCCAAUUAAGGAUUUACAUCUGGGAAAACUCGCCUUAACUAAGUUUCCAAAGAGUCCAGAAACUUGGAUUCACAGGCGAUGGGUGCUACAACAGCUAAUUCAGGAAACCUCCUUGCCUUCCUUUAUGACCAAAGGAAACUUGGGAACAAUUCCCACAGAAAGGGCACAGCGACUCAUACAAGAAGAGAUGGAGGUCUGUGGUGAAGCAGCAGGGAGAUACCCAAGCAACUAUAAUGCUUGGUCCCAUCGCAUCUGGGUUUUACAGCACUUGGCCAAGCUAGAUGUCAAGAUUCUUCUUGAUGAACUGUCUUCCACUAAACAUUGGGCAUCUAUGCACGUUUCAGACCACAGUGGAUUUCACUACCGCCAGUUUUUGCUAAAGUCUUUGAUUAGCCAAACUGUGAUAGACAGUUCUGUGAUGGAGCAAAAUCCUUUGAGAAGUGAGCCAGCGCUAGUUCUUCCAAAAGAUGAAGAAGCAGCAGUUUCAACAGAGGAACCAAGGAUUAAUCUUCACCAUCUUCUAGAAGAAGAAGUUGAAUUCAGCACUGAUCUUAUUGAUUCCUACCCAGGACACGAAACCCUUUGGUGUCAUAGGCGGCAUAUUUUCUACCUUCAGCAUCACUUAAAUGGUAGGUUUCCUCACAGCAUGACCCAGUUGUCACCUGCAGACAGCCCUGGGGGGACUUUGAGUGACUUGCACCUUAUCCCAGCAGGCUCCCAACUGUCUCAGGCAAUGGAAGUGGAUGGACUGAAUGACUCUAGCAAGCAAGGCUAUUCCCAGGAAACCAAACGCCUGAAGCGGACACCAGCUCCAGACUCUCUAGGCCUAGAAAUGGAGCACAGGUUCAUUGAUCAAGUAUUGUCCACCUGUCGGAACGUGGAGCAAGCCAGGUUUGCCAGUGCAUACAGGAAAUGGCUGGUUACUUUGAGUCAAUGAAAGAGGUGAAUUAGUCCUACAAGGUUCCCCUUUUAGUGCAAUAUUGCUUUCUUUUAUUAUUUACAUAGUUGCAUGAACUGUUUACUAUUAUUGGCUAACCAUAUGUUCUUCAUCUUUAGGUUGAAAGUCCAUAGUAAAUCUUUCAUUUUAUUUAUUUUGUUAAUAACUGGCAUUCCUGUGGGGAUAAAAUAGUUGUAUAGUUCCUUCGUGCUAAACAACGUGUCUUAAAUUUUCUGUUGAACUUCUCACCCUUUGUAUUUCUGUAAGUGGGGCUUCUCAUUUGGUUUUCCUGAUUGGUUCACAUACACACCUCUACCCACCUCAGUCCAAUUGCUGCAUAGGCAAAUUUUUUUUUUUUUUUUUGAGACAAAUUAUUUUAAAAAUUAAAAAUUUAAGGCCUAGGCAGGAGGAUCGCCUGA